AUUGGAUCCUCCAAUAUUCACCAAACCCUACACUCUUUUUCUCUGACUAUCUCUGCAUAUUUCUAUAAAUUUCUGCCUAAACCACCCAACAACAUAGAACACACGGAUGUCUCGUGCUGAUGAAGCUCCGAGCAUGGCGUCGUCGGCAGAAUCACCCUUCACCGACCACAAAUUCUCUUUCUUCAACCAAUAUCCCCAUGCAACGGAGCUCAAAAAGCUCCCUCAAAGAUCCAGACCCCAUGUCUCUCCCAGCCUCGGCGAGCUCUUAAAGCGAGUCGAGGAUGCACAGUCCGACUCCGAGUCUCCGGCACAUCGUGUUCUCGACCUCUCCUCCUUCGCUUGUAGCUCCGUGUCUUCGUCCUACCCAUUCGUUCUCUCCUUCGAAAACCUUACGUAUAGCGUCAAGGCUGUCCGGAAGAUGCCAUUGUCUUCGUGCUUUUCUCGGGACGACAAUGCAUUUGACAGCAAGAUUUUACUGAAUGAUAUCUCCGGUGAGGCUCGGGAAGGAGAAAUCAUGGCGGUUCUUGGCGCCAGUGGGUCGGGUAAAUCCACCCUCAUUGAUGCUCUCGCGGAUCGAAUCGCCAAGGAAAGCCUCAAAGGGUCCGUGACACUCAAUGGGGAAGUGUUGGAGUCCAGGCUUUUGAAGGUGAUCUCUGCUUAUGUUAUGCAAGAUGACCUCUUGUUUCCCAUGUUAACCGUGGAAGAGACGCUCAUGUUCUCUGCAGACUUCAGGCUCCCUCGCUCGCUCUCAAAGUCCAAAAAGAAAGCCAGAGUUCUGGCUCUAAUCGACCAACUGGGUCUACGAAACGCAGCCAAAACAGUGAUCGGGGACGAAGGCCAUAGAGGCGUUUCCGGGGGCGAGCGCCGACGUGUUUCUAUCGGAAUCGACAUCAUUCACGAUCCCAUAGUCUUGUUUCUCGACGAGCCAACUUCCGGACUCGAUUCCACCAGUGCGUUCAUGGUCGUGAAGGUUUUGCAGCGAAUUGCGCAGAGUGGAAGCAUCGUGGUCAUGUCCAUUCACCAGCCAAGUUACAGAAUUCUCAGUUUAUUAGACCGAUUAAUCUUCCUCUCGCACGGGCAGACUGUGUACAGCGGCUCUCCUGCUACCUUACCCCUCUUCUUCUCCGAGUUCGGGCAUCCGAUCCCUGAAAACGAUAACCGAACGGAGUUCGCCCUCGAUCUUAUUCGCGAGCUUGAGGAAGAACCUGAUGGGACCAAGAGCUUAGUCGAAUUCAACAAGUCAUGGCAAGCAAAGAUUAAGAAGCAAAGAAGCAAUAGUAGCCAAAAUCGAGCAAAGCAGCUUUCCCUCAAAGACGCCAUAAGUGCAAGCAUUUCCAGAGGAAAAUUAGUCUCUGGUGCUCCCAACAGUUCGACUCUCACAUCUUCGGUUCCAACUUUUGCCAACCCUUUCUGGAUUGAAAUACUGGUGGUAGCGCGGCGGUCGCUCACAAACUCUAGAAGAAUGCCCGAACUCUUCGGAAUCCGAUUCGGUGCUGUGCUCGUAACCGGGAUUAUCUUGGCCACCAUUUUCUGGCGCCUCGAUAAUUCACCCAGAGGAGCCCAAGAACGCUUAGGGUUCUUCGCCUUUGCCAUGUCCACCACCUUCUACACCUGUGCCGAAGCCAUUCCUGUGUUCCUGCAAGAGCGAUACAUCUUCAUGAGAGAAACUGCAUACAAUGCUUAUCGCCGUUCCUCCUACGUUCUGGCCCAUUCUCUCAUCUCCAUCCCUUCUUUAAUCUUCCUGUCUCUCACCUUCGCCGCCACAACCUUCUGGGCAGUGGGCCUCGCCGGCGGACUCUCCGGCUUCUUCUUCUUCUUCUUCACAAUAUUUGCCGCAUUCUGGGCUGGGAGCUCGUUCGUAACGUUCCUAUCAGGAGUUGUCUCUCAUGUCAUGCUGGGAUACACUGUCGUCGUCGCCAUCUUGGCCUACUUCCUUCUGUUCAGCGGAUUUUUCAUCGGCAGGGAUCGAAUCCCACUCUACUGGAUUUGGUUCCACUAUCUCUCUCUGGUGAAGUAUCCUUACGAAGGGGUUCUGCAGAACGAAUUCGACGAUCCCGUGAAAUGCUUCGUGAGAGGGGUACAGAUGUUCGACAACACGCCGCUCGGAAUUCUGCCGGAGAGUGUGAAGUUGGAUCUGUUGAAGAACAUGGGAAAUACGUUGGGUUUCAAUAUCACGAGCACAACCUGCGUCACAACGGGUUUAGAUAUACUGAAGCAACAGGGAAUCACAGACUUGAGCAAAUGGAGCUGCUUGUGGAUCAGUGUGGCUUGGGGUUUCUUCUUUAGAUUUCUGUUUUACAUUUCUUUGUUGUUUGGGAGCAAGAAUAAGAGGAGGUAAGACAUAUACAGCAACAAAGCUUAAAUAUAUAUAUAUAUAUAUAAAUUGAUAAUUAUACAUUAUUGCUACUAUUAUUGUUAUUAUUUUCUUUUUUUGGGGGUAAACUUUUGUUAUUUUGUUGAAUUUAUCUUUAAGUGGGAUGUAAUUUGCCCACUUGGCUACAUUCAUGUAAAACUGUAAUUCCAUAUAUUUUCCACGUGUUUUCUGUUUAAA